AUGUUCCUGCUCUGUGCUUCCCCCUUCGUCCUCUCAUCCACACAAUCACUGCCACAGAAGAAGCAGAGGGCAGCAUUACAGGAGGAGGCAGUGGGUAGCACACUGGCAGCUGAGGGGACGUGUGAGAAGCGGAGGGCAGCAGUGCAGGAGGCGGUAGAUGACGCACUGGCAGAUGAAGGGUUGAAGGAGCGGGACGUGUGUCCGGUGGUGAAAGUGCGGGUGGUGGGACUCACUGGGAAGCGAUCCAGAGAGGAGAGGGAGGAGGGGACGGGAGAUGACGAGGAGGGGGAGUGGAGCAAGAGGGUGCGGCAAGGGGAAGGGAUGAUCAGCAUUUGGCGGCCCAGUGACGAGCAGCUGCAAGAGCUGGUGGAAGGAGGAGUGUAUCUGGUGGCGGGCCUUCAGCCGUCCGCCACGCGGCGUGAUGCAAUUGGUCCGCUGCUCUCCCUCAACGCCAACCGGUCAACCAGGUGGCGCCGACUUGAACCAUCCACCGUUCAGAGGAGCCUCAGCUUCUCCUUCCCCCCUCGUCAGUGGACCCCUCUCGCCUCGAUGCCUGCCACUCCCCCGGGCAGGGAGGUGGACGUGGUGGCACUGGUGCUGGCCGUGGGGCAGCCGCGUGCCGUGGGGGCGUGGCAGAUGGGGCAGUGGCUGCUGCUGCUCGAUGGCUCGGGGGAGAGAGAGCGCUGUGAGAAUAACGGGGAUGUUGGGAGAAAGGGUGUGUCGGGGAGAGGAGGUGGAGAGAACGGAGCAGCCAUGUCGAAUGGGGGAGGAGAAGGAUGGGGAGGCUCCAAUAGGAGGCCGGCUGAUGGAUCGCGGCCAGGAGGAGGGGGUGAAUCUUCACUGAUAGUUCCGACUGCAGUGAGAGCGCCAGCAGCAGUGGCAGCAGGAGCGCAGGCACGGGCAGGAGCGGGAGCGGAGGCACCACUGAGUGUGGUGAUGCGGGGGAUGGGAGGACAGAAUGGUGGUGCAGCAGUGGCAGGCAGGGGGGAUGGCGGGGCAGUAGUGGCAGGCAGGGAGGAUGGCACGGCCACAGUGGUGGCUGUGCAGUUGUUGGCUGGGGAGAGGGCGUUUGUGCCACUCGAUCCGUCUCUCACAGGUUCCAUAGUGAGUGUGAUUGCAGUUGGAAUGCCGUGA